GGCACUGACCAAUAUGCAUUUGCAGGAUUUCGCGCCUGUAAAUGUUUGGAUAAUUACUACCGAACGAAUCUGUUUGGGAAUUGUACACCAUGUGAGAAGAAACAGGGACUAAAUUGUUCCGAUGAUUUUGCGAAUCUUACAGUUGGCUUUUGGUGGCGGUGGAAAGAUGAGACACACUUAGAACAGUACAGAAACUUCAGUAAAAACCUAAAGAAUUUCUCCUUUACUCCUGAAUUACACAAAGCAAAUGAUUCCGGUAUUGAAUACCCGUACACCAUACCUCAACCGUACAGAUGUCCCAUGGCAGAAUCUUGUAAGGGAGGUUUAAAUUCUUCAUGUGAAGCUGGUUAUGAAGGACCGCUAUGUGCAGUUUGCAGCGAUGGAUAUCACAAACAACUGAAGAAAUGUAAGCUGUGCCCAACAAAAGGAUGGAUGAUUGGACAGCUUGCAAUUAUUGGGGCGUUAGUUAUAAUAUUUGUUAUACUUGUGGUGUGGGGAAGCAAGAAAAAGAGCAAAAAAGACGCUGGACGACCUUUCCUUGACAAGCUCCUCGGAAAGAUUAAAGUUGUGAUUGGCUUUUAUCAGGUGCUGUAUGGGAUCAUGGAGGCGUUUUCAUACGUAAAAUGGCCUGGAAGUCUUUCCGUUGUUGGGGAAUAUUCCGAGAUUAUUCAGAUGAACAUCGUUCAGAUAGCUCCCCUCCACUGCAUCCUUCCUGGCUUUAAAUUUGACGCAUUCACAAGUUUAAUUGCAGUUAUGGGAUUUAAUAUUGCAGCAGUCAUCGUCGCCCUUUCUAGCCUCGCCCUUGCCACUUGGAUAUCGACACGACGUAUGUCGAAUGAAGAAGAAAAAAGGAAGAAAAAGGAGCGCAUUAAAGCGAUCGUAAAGAGAAAUCUGUUUUUCUUUCUUUACGUGACCUAUCUGAACACUUGCCUAAAAACUGCUCAAGUCGUACCUCUUGCCUGCCACAGGAUCUGCGUUGACGAAAAAGAUGCUGAAAGCUGCGAGAAGUAUUUAAAGGCCGACUACAGCAUUGACUGCAAAGGAGAGAGAUAUAACCGAUUAGUCAUCGUGGGAUACUGUUCCAUUUUGUAUGUAAUUGUCCUGCCUGCUGCUGCUUUCAUAGCAAUUUGGAAACAACAGAGAGCGGCGAAGAAAACUGAGGAAGAAACAAAAAACGACAUAAAUGAUCUUGAAGACCAAGGCACCGAACAAUCAGGACUGCGCUUGUUAGACGAAACCUACAACUCUCGUUGUAGUUGUCACGUUGAGGAAGAAACAAAAACGACACAAAUGAUUUUGAAGACCAAGGCACCGAACAAUCAGGACUGCGCUUCUUACACGAAAACUACGACCCCGUUGUUGGUAUUGGGAACUAGUGGAGACAGUUCGAAAGGUUAUUUUGACAUCUGGAUUGAUCCUUCUUGGUGGCGAGAGCAGAGCUUACAUUGCGCUAGCAUUGCUUUUAUCUGGACUGUACGGGAUGUAUUUCGGGCUAAAAAAGCCCAUAAAAGAUCGAUUCGAAAACAACCUUAUGCUGUCUUCACUUGCCGUUACGUUCGUAAACCUUGCAAUAGGAGCCGUGAGCACAAUCCCGAGUGAAGGUUUUUCGACAACAGUCGACCCAAUCGUGGAUACUCUGGUGUUCAAUGGCUUGGUCUUUGUUGCCAACACCUUUGUUAUUGGAAUCCUUGUCGGUAAGUUAUCAUCAUGCAUUCUAUUCUUCUGUCACACAAUCCCUUUACAUUUAACAGUCAGGUUCAUACCUUAACUGGGCACCAGACUGAUUUACUUGGUAAACGUUCUUGCAAUGAAAGAUACAUAGCUUACUUCAUAAUUUAAUGAGUGCGCACGAUUCACGAGUUGUACUGAGCGAACCAUAGCAGUGAUAAUCUGAAGUAAUUUGCUUAUUAAAUGAGUACUAAGAUCUAACGAAAGUUCUUUUUCUUUUUCUUACUUUUAAUCACGACCAAAUCAAAUAGGCCUUGGAAAGGUCUUCUUAGCUCAUUCCUCUACGAACAGCGAUAUACUUGCACUUGUGGGUGAAACUAGCUUAAUUAAAAUGAGGUUACAGGAUAUUGCCAUUUUUAUGUUUAAAAUCAACAAAACAUUAUUACCGACAAAUACAUCGCAGCUCUUUCGUCGCUCACAGGUAGAUUAUUAUAUACCAAGAGCAGCAACUGUUACGUACGGAAAACACUAUCUUAGGUUUUUCGACCCUACUUAACGGUCGAAGUUAGGUAUGAGCGAUAGAAACGAGAUAUCAUUAAAGAAAAUCAUAGACAGCAUAAAGAAAAAGGACUUGGAGAGGGCAGGGGGGUUAAUUCAAGAAGAAACAUGUAAGGGAUGUUAAUUAUGUAUGACUUACGUCAGUAUAAAAGUAGCUGUGAAGUAUUGCAACAAGAUUAUUUUAUUUUAGAAACCUUCAUCUUAGAUAGUUGAUAAUUAAUCCAGAUUUGGACUGAACUGGAUUUUCAGAAGCCGAUAUCUUUUAUUAAUUACUUUUAAUAACAUUUAUAUGUUAACAAUUUUUGAAAUAAUUAGUUUAGCUAUGGUAAUAAAUCUUAAUAUUAUACUGUAAUAACUAAUUUUCACGUAAAAGUAUUCCCGAUUAUAUUAGUGGGCCUCCUUAGGCAUGCUAGAAGACCUAAUUACACUUAAUUAAGAGCGUGUCUCCGUAAAAACCGACCAGUGAUUUUGGAUCAAAAAUUUAAUUUUUCUUAUAUUCUGGGAUAUUAAAGCCUCCACCUUAGUAGUUGCAAAAAUGCAUUUCGUUUGACCGAAAGUGAUAAAUAUAUUUUUUUACGAAUUUUUGAAUUUCCGGGCGGUCAGCGCCGGCGCCAUAGCCGUUCAAAGUGCGAAAAUCGCUAAUAUUGACCGCGCUCUAGAAAACAAACACCUGGCUUAAAAAGACUGAUUUUCUUUUCCGUAUACAGAUACACCACUGUAGAUUUCCUAGCCGUAUCACAGUUCCAAAUUAUUUGUUUAUUUCCAACGGCAAUGAUUUUUUCCCCAGCACGUGUUUUCGGCUUUCCAUCAAAACACGAAAGUAGCUCAACUUUGAGGGUAAUUUUAAAAAGUGUGGCACCUGUCUGAACUUCGCUAUCUGUAUGAAUACAAUCUAGGAAUGAUAAUAAAACUCAACAAGGAAUAACAUUUUUGUGCUCUCCACGUUUUCAGAAUAGGCCGCCGUUUGAAUUUCCAGAAAUUUCGUAAACCAGAUAAUUAACGAACACUCGCCUUGUCGAUCUGCUUGUCAAAGUCCAACUUCAUUUGAUGGCUUGAUGGGUCUUAUCCAAGUUCUUUCACAUUUUAAGGUUAUUUCUUAAUCAUCUGAAACUAUAUUGGCCGUUGAUUCCAUGUCCUUUGUCCGUUUUGAGAAGUUAUCUUGUUUAUAAAAUGGCAGCCAUCCGCGAGCGUGACUGGUUCGUGACACCGUCCUGAAAGGUCUUUUGCUAAAAUUAGUUGGAUGCAAUCUUGUUCAUUGAGACUACUCUUCAAGACAUCGCGGGGAAAUUUGUAGAGCAAAUAAAACACUUUUCUUUGCAAAUAAAACGCGAUGAGUCGCUAACAAGGCGAUUUAACCCAGUUCAGAUUAAAGUUGAAAUUUGCGUGACUUUUUGUAUUUCAUCCCCAGUCCUUCUGGACUGGACACAAAUCAAACAAGGGGUAACAUGGCUACUGAUACAGUGAAGUGUUCUUUCUCGGGCUUCGGAAAAUCUAGUUGUGGAGGUUUUCGAGGUUCGGAUACAGUAUGUAGGUUGCAAGAAUGCCAGGAAGAUAUAACGAUCCACUUGAAGACAUGCCAUCUUUCAAAACUAUCUGGAAUGAUGGAGUAAACUGAUUCUAGUCAGGGCGGGGCUAUUCGAUGUGCCAAAACACCGGCAAGAAGAAAUGUUCGUGUGUCCAAAACACAGACAUAAUUUGGGUCGCAACUGGCGUCCUUUGAGGACAUGUCGAUAUCCUCUUCAUUCAGGAGCAAGGAAAAAGCUAAAAAAUAAUCAUGUUAUCAACUUGGAGAUGUCCAAGAAUAUUCACGCAAUUUUUGGAAUCACAAUUCCCAUUGGGUCAGGUAAGCAUUCUACUACACAAUUUUUUACGUUUUCCCUUUUUUGAGGAGCAACGAUUGACACAGUUGGUUAUUGCGUAGCCCUUGGAGUCUUCUGUGUGAGAGGUCUUGAGAUUGAUGUCCAUGGCAAGGUGUGAGAAAUUCUUUCCGUGUAGCUUCAAGUAGCUUAAAUACCCGUAAAACGGAGUACUGAUGAAGAGGGCGUUUAAAAAGGUUUGUCUUUCAGAUGAUGAUGAAAUGAUCAUUUCGAAGUACCGACGUAUGUGAGGCGCCAUUACUUUUUAACUUUCAAUAGAAUAAAAGAACUCUUAAAACCAAGGUAAAUGUCAUGGUCAAGUAUUCCGAAUUGUGUAACAAACUUUAAAUCUAAUUAUAAAUAAAGACUAAAAGAGAAGGUCGAGGGAAUAACCAUUCAACGUUGUUGUAAAACCCUGAAAGGGAAUCGUUCCAUAAGGUGUUUAUUUUUCCGGCUAUUUAUAUCAUAACCAGUUAUAUUUUUUGGCAACAGUGCCACGAUGUAAGUGUAGAAAUCUUGGAUUGAGUAAAUAACAAGUAGGAGAUGAACAUUCUUGUUUUACAUUGUUUGGUCAAGCGCGUUAGUAUAAUUAGGACAAGUAUAUUUGUUACAACACAGACGUUCAAAAAUACACACAGUAUUCCUGGAUUUUUGCGAGAUUUCAAAGGUGCUUAGAAUGUCUUUACAGGACUGUCUAUUUUUUACGCUGAUUCAUAGCGUUCUAUUUUUCAAAGUAAGAGAUAAUUUCGGUAAAGUAGCUUACAUGCACGUGACCCACGAAAUUAUGCGAAACACUUGGCAAUGUUCCCCUUCUUUAAAAACCCUAUUUUGUGAGUAUCGGGGAUUUUCUAUUUGAAACGUUUUUUAACCCUGCUAUAUGCUAUAUCCUGAAAACUAUUUUUCCGACACCUCAACCGCGAGAUUAAAAACUGUUUUGAGUUUAUUUUGCCAGUUGUCAAUUAUCAAUUCAGUGUUGGUUCUAAAAAUAAGUUUUACGCUACGAAUCGACUUUGACUAAAAGUUAAAUUCAUCAUUGUGAUACUUUUUAAUGCACAGCAAUUUGCACUACUUGUGUCAAGAAGUAAAGACAAAAAUAUGAGGAAAAUAAACGUUGGCUGGGGGAAAACACUGAGAGUGAGAAAUUAGGGGAAUAUGAAGAGACAAGGUGUGUUUAAGGUGACCCGACCCGGUUUUUUUGGGGGGGUACCAUCCUACUUUGAAGCUCUCUGGUAUCCCCACCUUUACUUUUAUCGUAAGUCUAACACAUAGAAUGUAUAACGUAUAGAUCAAUCUACAAUAUAACAUGAAAUUUUUGGCGAUCGGAGUAAAUGUCAUGUGGUUAUAAUGCCACGCCCCUUUGAGGUCUGAGUCAAAAAUCUGCUGUUGCCGGUAUUUUUUCGUGAAAAUUUCUCGGCUACACAUAGUGCGCAUUAGUGCCUUGCCCAACCAAAAUCCCAAAGACCCAAUUCGAGAAAUACAGUGGUUUCCAAAUUUAGGUCAUAAUUUAUGCGAAAAUGAUAAGCAAACUUUACACGAUUAUAUCUAAUAAACUAUGAGAUUCAUCCCUUUAUUUUGGGCAUCGUUAUAACAGAUGGGUCCUUGCAAGUCAGCAAAGAGCUUUAGGGCCUUGUAAAUGCGCGCGAUUUCGAGCAAAGCAAACAUAUAGAAAUUAUAGUUUUCGCUAUUUGUUGACGUUUGUCAGCGUUUAAGAGCCUUCUCACGAAAACAGCAUUUUCUUAAAAAUUCGUAGUUUUUUUUCCUUCAAAUUUUUUCAGAGCCACAAUUGAUUAACUAACUACCCGGACUAGUAAGUAAGUAAGUAAUAACUUUAUUUAACGAGGGUAAAGACAUUGAUUACUGGUCACCCAGUAGUUUUCAUAAUGGCCCUCCUACAAUUAAAGUAAUAAAAAGUAUCGAUUAUUUAAUUAACUGCCAAUAAAAUCUACCAACUAAACUUACAUAAUAAACUACUAUUAAUACAAUAUUGAUUAAUUGACUACUAAUGGAACUAAAAGGUUUUACAAAUCUUAAAAUGAUCAAGAGAAGAAAUCAAACUACGGUAAAGUUUAAAUAAGUAAUUUUUAAAAUUAGUAUGGGAGAGUGUCUUAGGUUCGGGAUCAAGAGCGUUCCACAAACGGCAAGCGCUUGAUUGAAACGUUCGAAGGCCAGAGUUCCUUUUACAAGCUGAUGUUGUAAUAUUGUUAUUGGAAACGGAUCUCGUGUUAUGAUUAUGGGUGUUACUUAUAUGUUCAAUAUAUUUAUUAAAAUAAGCCGGGCAAUGUCCUUGAUUUAUUUUAUGAAGCAUAUAAAGCUUCCUAAUACGUAUAAUAUCUCUGACUUUCAUCGUCAUUGAAAUUUGAAAAACUGUGACAUUAUCUUCUCUAAGCCCAGACUUGAGUAAACAAGAUCAGAAAGGACUGGGCAACAAAAUUUACAUCAGUGGAUGUGGCUGUGAAAAAAUCUACACCAUUUAUGUUGGCGUCCGAAUCAUCAACUGACGUAGAAACCCUGCAGAUGGGAUGGGCACUAAGCAAGGCCCACGCAGGUUCCAUCCGGUUUUCUCGUGAGGUUAAAGAAUAUCUUACAGCCAAGUUUGAAAUUGGUGAGCGAACUGGCCGCAAGGCGGACCCUGUUCAGGUUGAAAAGGAUAUGAGAACAGCACGGAAUGUGAAUGCCAGGGUCCAGUUCAAUGAAUUUCCGCGCAGCGUGGGGUCCUGGGAAGGACGUGGAAACUGUAGUAGCGUGGUGGUUUCUCAAUUCUCUUAGCUGAAAUGUGUUGAACCAUUUUUGUCAGUGCGUUUACGUUAAGCUGAAGAAGAAAAUGUAUCGAAGUAUGGCGAUUCAAUGUUAAUUACAUCGAACUUUACAGAAAAUGUUACGAAACAACCGUGUCACGCUCGCAACUGAUGACGCUCUCUAUUACUUUUAUACAAACUCAGGCGGUGUGCGUCACGAGAUUCGACCAAUCAGAAUGCGUCAUUUGUAGAGUGAGUUUCGCGCUCGGAAAGAGCUGUUUGCAGAGGUAUACGUGGUGAAAUUUUCGCUUUAUUCCAAGCUUGUGUUGGUAAUUUCGACACUAUACCGCCGUGGAAAGUUGUUGGAACACUUUAUCUUGAUAGCAGUUGCGUUACUUUUAAAUAUUUUGCUUUCUUGAGCGUUUGUGACGAAUUUGAAUUGCUCGGUCAUGUGCGGGCCGCCAUGAGGAUUUGAAUGUUGUUUUUGCCGUUCUUCUUGGCUUUAUUGCUGGUUACUGUUAGCGGUUUUAUCGAAUUAUUUUGGCCAUCUUGUUACUUCAACCCUUCUUCUUUGCAAUUUUCGGGGUCUACCCGGGUCUACCCCUGUUAGUUUUCCAGUUAUGAGCCGUUGAAAGUGUCUUGGAAUUAAGACAUCGUCUCAGCCAAGUGGCACAACUCCCGGGAAACGGGCUGAGAAAACAUGCCAAAGCGGAAGCCGACGUGAAGCGAGUAACGCCAAAUCCAGGAAGACUUUGUUCUAUUUUAAACCACAAAAGGUAAAUAAGUUUGAAUAUUGUAAUAACCUUUGGAAACAAGACAUUUUUCAUAACCCAGUGCGGAAACUGAAAGCGUGACUUUAAAAUAAUUUGCAUGCGGUGUGUGCUAUCUUUGUGUAAACUUUAAUACGUGAGGGAAUGAAUUGUUAUAAAUCUCUACCAAAACACAACACCAUUAUCGAAGAUCCAGACAACAUACAGGAUUUUAAAACUGUGAGGAUAGGUUUUACUUUAUAACAAAAUCGAUAUACUGCGCUCACUUCAAUGACCGCACAGACAAGAUCGUGGUUUAUUUCACUGUUUAUUUCUGCGGCUGUAGCUUCGGUGAAAUUCCGAUUGUGCUGCAGCUGUUCGGCUCUUUCGGUCCGUUUUCCCCUUGCCUGAUUGAAGAUUUAUUUGCUCAUAAGGAUUUCAAGCGGGCACUGUUUCCAAAAUAAUAUAAACUUGUCGAUGAAAAUAAAAUUGUUAUGAGAGACGAUUUCUCACCUUGCUGUUUGCACGCGCUCCCCCUGCUUUGCGGGUAAGAAAGUCCAUCAAAUAUAUAAACACUUCUAAUGAAUGAAUUUUUUUUUAGUUAAGCAAAUCCAGGUAUGAACUACAUAUCUCUUUAACUGUGAGAUAAAAACAUACAUAUAAACCAAACAGUACAUAAAAUCUUAUGAGAAGCAGGAAAUUAGUCGCCGCGCAAAGUCGGCUAGAUCGCACGAUCGUCUCCGAAUCGCGAUAAACUUCUUGAAAUUGUCUUGUGAAGCCAAUAGCAAGCAUCUAAGGCCACUAUGAGAUCUUGAAAUUUCUCGAAAUCGCUCUCUUGCGUAAUGUUUUUCGGAAAAGGCAGCAGUGUUUUGAUCCCUGGGUUUGAUUCAUUUCUCUUACGAGAUGCGAACUCGUCCGUGUCACGAUUGAAAUGAGUCACAGUAACAGUUUUACCCAUGAACCUUUGUGGGUCGUGACGCACACCGCCUGAUACAAACUAGAUAAAAGAUGCCGUUGAAGGACAGGUUUUAAACAAAAAAUUCGAUGUUUUUAGAGUUAAAGCGGCUACUUCAGGAGCAAAAAUAUCCUCCACAAAAACCAAGAGGGACAUUACAACCUAAGAAGUUAAUAAACAAGUGAACGAGCUAGUAUUUGUUCAGGUCAUCACCCAAUGCAGGAGAACUGGGGAUGAAAUACAGAGUCACGCAUUUUUCAAGUUUGUCAGAAGACUUGGUUAAAACGCUUUGUCAGCGACUCAUCGCGUCGUAUUUGCAAAGGAACGUGUUUUAUUUGCCCUACAAAUUUCACUGCGAUGUCUUGAAGAGUAUAAUCUCAAUGAACAAGAUUGCACCCAACUAAUUUUAGCAAAAGACCUUUCAGGACGGUGUCACGAACCAGUCACGCUCGCGGAUGGCUGCCAUUUUAUAAACCAGAUAACUUCUUUAAACGGACAAAGGACAUGGAAUCAACGGCCAAUAUAGUUUCAGAUGAUUGAGAAAUAACCUUAAAAUGUGAAAGAACUUGGAUAAGAUAUAUCACGCCAUCAAAUGAAGUUGGACCUUGACAAGCAGAUCGACAAGGCGAGUGUUCGUUACUUAUCAAGUUUACGAAAUUUCUGGAAAUUCAAACGGCGGUCUCUUCUGAAAACGUGGAGAGCACAAAAAUGUUAUUCCUUUUUGUGUUUUACUAUCAUUCCUAGAUUGUAUUCAUACAGAUAGCGAAGUUCAGACAGGUGCCACACUUUUUAAAAUUACCCUCAAAGUUGAGCUACUUUCGUGUUUUGAUGGAAAGCCGAAAACACGUGCUGGGGAAAAAAUCAUUGCCGUUGAAAUAAACAAAUAAUUCGGAACUGUGAUAUGGCUAGGAAAUCUACAGUGGUGUACACCUAAUUGCAAUAACGUUGUCAUAGAAAAAAGCAACAAGCAAAAAGCAAAAAGCCAAAUAGGAAUUAAUUAAAUAGCCAUGUGAUUUACAUUUGCGUAUUUUGAUAAUAUAACAAUUAUUUAAGAAGUCAGUCACAAUGACAAGAAAUAAUUCUGUAAUUCCGCGCUGUAAGAUUCCGCAGAUGAAACACUGAUGUGUGUAACAAAAGGGUCCUGACAAACGAAGCUUAGUUUGUGGCGCGGGAGAGGGACUGGCUGAGGAACGCCUCACCAUCUCCGCGAUGGAAAGUCCUGCGUACGCCCCUGAUUUGUUGCUUGAAAAUUGUGAUCUGAUGGUGUGGUGCACUACAAACCAUACGCAGACUGGCUUUUCUAUUUAGCAUUAAACAAAAAGACGCGUCGCCUUCCUGGAAUUUACCCUAGGCUAUAUUUAUUGAAAAAAAAUGGAGCCAUUUUUUCUUUAGUAGUUAUCCGAUGUACGUUUGUAAUUAGAGCACGUUUGAAAUCCGCUAGAUGAAUCAGCCUCGAAUUGCAUUAGAAUGACACCGAGAAACUGAUGCAAAUGAUUUCUCUCAUGUUACGUGAUUAAUAUUCAGCUAUAAGCGUGUGUGUUGGGAAUGUUGCAAGCAAUGAUAAUUAAAUGCUAAUUAAUUCCUAUUUGACUUUUUGCCUUUUGCUUUUUGCUUUUUGCUUUUUUCUAUGACAACCUUAUUGCAAAUAGGUGUAUCUGUAUACGGAAAAGAAAAUCAGGCUUUUUGAGCGAGUUGUUCGUUUUCUAGGGCGCGGUCAAUAUUAGCGAUUUUUGCAGUUUCAAAGGCUAUGACGCCAGCGCUAAUCGUCCGAAAAUUCAAAAAUUCGUAAAAAAAUAUAUUUAUCACUUUCGGUCAAACGAAAUGUAUUUUUGUAACUACUAAGGUGAAGGCUUUAAUAUCCCAGAAUAUAAGGGAAAUUAAUUUUUUGAUCCGAAAUCACUGGUCGGUUUUUACGGAGACACGCUCUUAAAGUUGUAUGUAUGUAUGUGUGUAUGUAUGUACGCUCUAAAAAGCGGAAUAACCGAUACCAUCUUUGUCGUUUUGAGAAUUUUUUUCGUAUGCGGCGCGUAAUUGUUCAUACAACUUUUUCACUUGUGAGAAAAACCGUUUGACCAGUCAGGUUGUUUUUGCUUUGUUUAGAGUCAAUCUCGGUACUUUUGAAAUAAAAUAAUGUAAUGACCUCUGAGUUUAUUUCUAAAUUAUGAAGUUUUCUAUUUUUUUUUUUUUAAUGUAUUACCAUGAACGCUUCACUUGAAUUAGAAAAUGCUAAACGAUUUUUUUCCACGUGAUAUACCUUUUUAUCACCAGUUAGAUGAUAAUAUUGUAGUAAUCCCCUGUAUAUACUUACUGCCUUUGUGGCACUGCAAAUGAAGAACAAAUGAAAGGUAAACAGGAGAAAUUUAAAAAAAGACACUCUGAUGGUGAUAGUACCGUACCGUGAUAUGAUCCGAGAAAGGGUUAACCCUUUAAGUCCCAAUAUCCACAUACAAAUUCUCCAAACGGAUCUCUAUAUAUUUUCUUAAAGAAUGAGUUCAGAGAAUUUGAUAAAAGAUCAAACAUUUUCUCUUAGCUGAUCAUUUUAUUAAUUCUCAUAACCUAAUCUCUUGACAAUGAAUGUCUAUCGUUAUGAGAAAAUUGAUGUUGGUCACUAUUGGGACUUAAAGGUUUAAAAACAUAGUAAGGUACCUUCAAACUUUGUUUCAAAACAUUCUGCAAUAUUAUUUUACUUCUUUAGCACUUCGGGUAUUUUACCUUUAAUUGUUAAAUCAGUUCUUUCAAGGCUUUUUGUGAAAACAGAUAGUUUUUUUUAAUCAUUAUCACCAUUGUACUGUUCUCGUGCAAGUAGCCGCCUUCAGGUCUUUCCUCUGUGAUGAAAGGUUAAUAUAAAUUGAAUCUAUAAAGGCCAAGUUUUAAUUUGAGCGAGUGUUUAUUUUGUUUCAGUGCAAUAUCUGGUGUAUCUUUACCACUUUGUAAAACAAUGGCGCAAGCAUCCAAAGUGGUCAUUCUCCUGCUGCCUGGCCUUGCUAUUGCCACUUAAUCAACUACAAGGAGAGAUACGCGGAUUAACAGGGAAAAACAUACUAAAUCAGCAACUGCAAACUGGUGACAUCGAGUUGCCAACCAUCGCAAGUACUUUGAGGGAGAGUGGGGCAGUUGAUGUUACUCUUGAAGACCAUAGUGCAGAACGAGAACAGGAGGCAACAACUGACGAGAAAAGCAUUGAACACGGCGUUUUGACAGUUGCAAAGGUGAUCUGUGCUAGUGCUUUAAGGGAGAGUGGGGCAUUUGAUGUUACUCUUGAAGAUCACAAUGCAGAACGUGAACAAGAGGACACAACAACUGACGAGAAAACCAUUGAACAGGGCGUUUUGACAACUGCAAAGGUGAUCUGUGCUAGUACUUUAGGGGAGAGUGGGGCAUUUGAUGUUACUCUUGAAGAUCAUGAUGAAGAAAGUGAAAAAGAGGAUACAACAACUGACGAGGAAAGCAUUGAACAGGGCGUUCAGACAAUUGUAGAGGUGGUUAUUCAUCAGCCUCCAAGAGAAACUUACGAAACCAAACUCUAA